AUGAUUUUCCACACGAACAACAACAUGAUGCGGCUACCUAACGCGGUCCGGCGAUUUCUUUUGGAGGCUGCCGCCCUCCCCGGUUCACACGCGGAUCUGGACAGCCCGGGGGAAGGUGCCGAGAUCCCCCGCGGAGGAGGCAACGAGACCGCGGCGUCGCUAUGCGAUAUGCGUAAUGCCGCUGCGGGGAUGCUUGAAUUGAUUCAACGCGCUAAGUCGGAUUUCGUUUUCGACGCGCAGGGAGAGGAUCAUCACCUAGCUGCUCCAGCCGAUCCCCUGCCAGAGUGGCAGCCUUACACCGCACUACUGCGCCUGCUGGAUCCCCACCACCCGCAGCGGGCCUACGCCGUCGACUCACUGGCGCGGCUGGGUUCAACCUCGAAAGGGGUUGGCAGCAACGAUGGAUGUGGGGGAGGGCGACUAACAGCUGCGAAGUCGACACCCCUGAACAUGCUGUCAUGCGAUGAAUGGGACUUUAUCUUCAACCAACAUCUGCAGGAGACUUCGUUAUGCCGCGAAAUUCUGGAAUAUUCCAUUUAUCUUCGAAAAAGGUACGGGCCCAAUGUUAGGCUGUGCACGGAUUCUCUGACGUUGGCGGCCUAUUCAAUGGCCUUUGGGCUACAAGUCGUUUCCGUAGGAUUUCUAGCAUCACCCUUCUCGAAUGGGCACCUUGAAAGUUGA